AGACCAGUUAGUUUUUCUUACUUUUGGUACAAAUAUCUAAAGUGAUGUUUGACUGGUUUUAUAGAACACUGUGGCAAGUAUAUCUUAUAAGAUGGAAUUUGAAAGUGCAGGGUAGAAAAAUGCAUCACAACCCCGCAAUUAUUUGAACGAUGACACGCUUUGUAAUUAUUAUUGUGUCCAGCCCCACCAGUCCCAAAUCUCUCUGUGGAGGGAGGCGUCGGCCCGUGGAGGAGGGAAGAGAAAGUGAGGAAUAUUCUCUGAGGAUGUAGGAGAAAUCACCUUCCUAGAUGUCCCUUUUAAUUCCCGCUGGACUGCUGUGUUCAACCACUCAGAGCUGAAAGACUUGGAAGAGAAGUCAAAGAUCUGACUUUGAUCUGACAUCAUAUUCUAAAUCGGCUUCGAUGCACGCGCGCUCUUAACAGCCAGCUGUCGGAGCGCGCGCCCAGACGCACGUGUGAGUAGCUGAAGCUCGCGCAGAGCAUCUCAUCGCACGGGUCCCGCCUGGAGGGAGUUAUUAUUGGUGAUCAAUAUCAUUGGCUUUAAAUGCAGGAUGGUGGAUCGAUGGAGAAUAAUGAGCGGCACAAAGAUGCGGCCGCCGCUGCUGCUGCUGAGCGUCACUUUAUUCUGUAUUUCAAACGCAGCUAAUCCUAUUGACCUCAUAAAGACACUUGAGCUUUCGGAAGACAUGGAGGGUGUGUCACUGGAGGCAGGACUGUGCACCAGCAGGAAGGGACGAGAGGAAACCGACCUUUCCUUUAAGAUCAACAAGAAGAUUCAGCUUAGCGCACCCACCAAACAGCUGUUUCCAGAUUUGCCCUUUCCUGUUGAUUUCUCACUCAUGACGACAGUUAAAGCUGUAAAGGGAUCACAAGUUUUUCUUCUCUCUCUCUAUGACAAGCAGGGCACACAGCAGCUGGGUUUAGAACUCGCUCGCUCUCCUGUUUUCCUGUAUGAGGACCACGAGGGUCAGCCGACUCCAGAACUUUACCCCACCUUCAGAAAGAUCAACCUGGCUGAUGGCAAGUGGCACAGAAUCGCCUACAGUGUGGAGGGCCAGUCAGUGACUCUCUACUUAGACUGUGAGAAGGUAGAGACUCUGGACCUGCUCAGAGGUUCUGAUCCCAUCGUCAGCACUGAUGGAGUUACAGUGUUUGGAACCCGUCUGCUGGACGAGGAGGUGUUUGAGGGACAAAUCCAGCAACUGCUGCUAGUCGAUGAUCCUCGAGCAGCAGAGACCUACUGUCGAGACUACAUCCCAGACUGUGAUGCAUCCUUACCUUAUGACAGCAUUUUAGUAGAGACUGAAGAGGAAGAGGAAACACCAAAGAAACGCAUAGUGGAAGAGUUUGACUACAGCGUCUUCUAUGAUGACAUCUCUGUGUCCACUGUGACUGCAGGCCCUAAUGUGACCGAGUAUGAGUUCGUAGAGUACGAGGACUAUGACAACACAACAAACUAUUACCAUGUGAACGAGUACGAGGAGUACGAUGAAGAAGGCGACGAACGCUAUGGACCUGCAGAGAGAGAACGGGAGUACUUGCUAAACACACAGAAUUUACCAGAGAAAGGAGAGAAAGGAGAGCCAGGCUAUCUGGGGCUGGGAACCCAGAUUACAGGACCAUAUGGACCUCCAGGACCUGAGGGAGAACCGGGGACUCCGGGAAUCACAGGACCAGUAGGACCUCGAGGAGACCCUGGAGAACUGGGUCCCCCAGGGCGGCCGGGCCUUAAUGGUGCUGAUGGGAUCCCAGGUCCCCCAGGAAACAUAAUGCUCAUACCGUUCCAGUCAGGUGGUGACCCGAGGACAGGUGCUGUUGUUUCUGCACAGGAGGCUCAAGCUCAGGCCAUCCUGCAACAGACAAAGUUGGCAAUGAAGGGUCCUCCAGGGCCACUGGGUCUCAGAGGAAGACCUGGACCACUGGGUGCAUCAGGACCCUCGGGGCUGAAAGGGAGCAGUGGUGAAAUGGGAUCACCGGGUCCUCCAGGACUGACGGGUAUUCCAGGUCAGAAUGGAAGACCUGGAAAACGGGGUCGGGGAGGUUCAGACGGGGCCCGUGGUGCAAUAGGAGAAACUGGAGCGAAGGGAGAUCGGGGCUUUGAUGGCUUACCUGGCCUUCCAGGAAAUAAAGGACACAAGGGGGACAGGGGGAAGCCAGGGCCUGUAGGUUCUCCAGGAGAGGUGGGAGAAAAGGGCUCCCAAGGGCCAGCAGGGCCAAGAGGACAACCAGGUGAUGCUGGUCCCAGAGGUCUGAAUGGCCCCAGAGGUCGUCCUGGAAACCCAGGCCCACAGGGAAUUCAUGGGAUUGACGGGGUGCAAGGUUCAAAAGGCAACAUAGGACAGCCAGGAGAAAUCGGAGCGCCCGGACAACAAGGCAACCCUGGAAUCAUUGGUUUUCCUGGCCCUCAGGGCUUAGUAGGACUACCAGGAGAGAAGGGACCUCAAGGGAAGAAAGGGAUGCGGGGCUUACCUGGAAAUGACGGGCCCCCAGGUCACCCUGGAAAAGAAGGCACUCCGGGUGAAAAGGGACUGCCAGGUCCUCCAGGAGUGCAGGGACCUGUAGGAUAUCCUGGACAACGGGGAGUUAAGGGUGCAGAUGGAAUCAGGGGAUUAAAGGGAAGCAAGGGAGAGAAGGGAGAAGAUGGUUUUCCAGGGGCAAAGGGGGAGAUGGGGGCAAAAGGGGACGUUGGAGACAAUGGACCUGUAGGGUCUCGAGGGGAAGAUGGAUCUGAAGGUCCCAAAGGUCAGUUGGGUCCUCAGGGAGAGACCGGUCCUGCUGGUAUUUCUGGAGAAAAGGGGAAACUGGGGGUUCCUGGUUUACCUGGAUAUCCAGGACGACAGGGACCCAAGGGCUCUGAUGGGUUUCCUGGUGCUCUGGGAGCUCCUGGAGAGAAAGGGAAGAAAGGUCCUGCAGGACAAGCAGGAGGUGCAGGCCAGAGAGGUCCAAAUGGUGCCCGAGGAGCCAGAGGGGUGAGAGGUCCUACAGGAAAACCAGGAGAAAAGGGUGCCUCAGGACAUGACGGUCCCCCAGGAUCUCCUGGAGAGAGGGGACCUCAAGGGCCACAAGGAAUGAACGGAGAACCUGGACCUAAAGGAUCAAGCGGUCCAGCAGGGAAGGAUGGACUUCCGGGUCAUCCGGGUCAAAGAGGAGAGCCAGGCUUUCAAGGAAAAACAGGACCUCCAGGGCCUUCAGGUGUGGUUGGACCACAAGGUAAAUCAGGGGAACCUGGACCAACAGGGGACCGAGGUCACCCGGGAGCACCAGGUGUGCCUGGAGAGCACGGUUUACCUGGAGCUGCAGGGAAAGAAGGUGGAAAGGGGGAUCCUGGUUUACCUGGGACAUCUGGAAAGAGUGGUCCAACAGGACUGAAAGGGUUCAGAGGGAGCAGAGGAGCUCCUGGAGUUAUGGGACCUCCUGGUCUGAAAGGAGCUACAGGACCUGGUGGAUCGCCCGGAUCUGCGGGGCCAUCAGGAGAAAGGGGACCUCCGGGACCAGCUGGCGCAAUUGGACAGCCUGGUCGUGCAGGAGCGGUUGGAGGACCAGGACCAAUGGGAGAGAAGGGGGAGCCUGGAGAGAAGGGCCCGAUUGGACCGGCAGGUAAAGAUGGGGAUCAGGGCCCGGUAGGAAUGCCUGGAGCAACAGGGCCUGCAGGACCUUCUGGGGAUGAUGGGGAUAAGGGAGAGCAGGGAGGACCCGGACAGAAAGGCAGCAAAGGAGACAAAGGGGAAGCGGGCCCCUCAGGUCCUACUGGCACUCAGGGGCCAGUUGGUCAGCCAGGACUUCCAGGUUUAGACGGACUGGCAGGUCCUCGAGGCCAGCAGGGCAUGUACGGUCCCAAAGGAGACGAGGGACCCCGUGGUUUUAAGGGCUCCAGAGGGCCGAGAGGAUUACAGGGAAUGCCUGGCUUACCUGGAGAAAAGGGAGAUAGUGGACAUGUUGGUCUGAUGGGUCCACCUGGACUACAAGGCCCUAAUGGUGCUCAAGGACCAAUCGGAGGACUGGGACAAACUGGUAGACCUGGGAUGAUUGGGCAGCCCGGUGUUGUCGGGGAGAAGGGAGAGGACGGUGAAGCCGGUGACCCUGGACCAGUCGGUAUUCCAGGAAGGCUGGGUGACAAAGGAGAUCAAGGCGAAAAAGGAGAUACGGGCCCUCCAGGAGCAGCUGGUCCUCCAGGGGCCAGGGGCAUUCCAGGAGAAGACGGAGCAAAGGGCAAUGCUGGUCCUAUCGGUCUGACUGGUGACCUCGGACAGCAGGGAGAGGCUGGACCCAACGGUGUAGACGGCCUUCCUGGAUCUAAAGGAGACACAGGAGAACCUGGGAAAUCUGGACCCCCAGGGCCGACGGGGGAACCUGGACCAUCUGGGCCUCCUGGACGAAGGGGUCACUUAGGGAAACCAGGGAAGGAAGGUAAAGAAGGCUUGAAAGGAACAAAGGGCGCUCUUGGACUGGAGGGUCCCAUUGGGAAGACAGGACCCAGAGGUUCUCAGGGGCAUCCAGGGAAACCUGGCCCCCAGGGCCUGAGAGGAAUCCCUGGCCCUGCAGGCGAGCAGGGUUUAAAUGGGCCACCAGGUCAAACAGGUCCACCAGGUCCAAUGGGUCCACCAGGUCUACCUGGACUGAAGGGAGACCCCGGCAGGAAGGGAGACAAGGGUCAUGGUGGACUGAUUGGACUGAUAGGACCUCCAGGAGACAUUGGAGAGAAGGGUGACAGAGGCCUCCCAGGAAACCAAGGCCUCCAAGGUCCAAAAGGAGAUGAGGGCCCUGUCGGCCCACCGGGCCCACCUGGACCUCCUGGCCCAACAGGGCUGUCUGGUACUAUUGGUCAAAAAGGCUCCAAAGGAAACCAGGGUCCAGUUGGUCCCAGAGGAGAUACUGGCCCUGCAGGGCUUCCAGGACCACCAGGACGGGCUGCUUUUGGUCUUUCACAUCUGCCAGAGCAAGGAAGAAGAAGAAGAACUCAAACUGUGGUGAAUGGUGCUGCGUUUGAGGAGGAGGAGGAGACCAUAGACGGAGGAGAGGAGGAAGGCUGGAUGCAAGGUGACCAGGCCGAGCAGGAUGGUUUGGAGAAGGCUAAAGAGGGUCAAGGCAUGGAAGAAGUGUUUGCUUCACUUUCAUCAAUGAAAGUUGAGGUGGAGGGUCUUCGUAAUCCACAGGGGACAUACCAUAGCCCCGCACGCACCUGCAAAGAGCUCUGGCUCCUCCACCCAGAGCUCCCCAGUGGGGACUACUGGAUCGACCCCAACCAGGGCUGCCACAGGGAUGCCUUUAAAGCUUUCUGUAACUUUACUGCGCAGGGGGAAACGUGUUUGUACCCUGACAAAAAGUUCCAGUCGGUGAAAUUAGCAGCCUGGAAAGGGGAAAAAUCAGGCACCUGGUACAGUAAAUUCCGGAAAGGAAAACAGUUUUCCUACUCUGCGUCAGAUGGUGUCUCAAUCCACAUCGUUCAGCUGACCUUCCUGAAGCUUCUCAGUGCAACAGCCAAGCAGACUUUCACCUACCACUGCCUCAACUCUGCCGCCUGGCUGCACACUGCCACCUACAGUCACGAACAUGCACUACGUUUCAGAGGCAGCAGCGGGGAAGAGCUGACUCAUGAGAACACGCAUUACGUCAGUGCACUGUAUGACGGCUGCCAGACACGCUCAGGACAGGAGAGGACGAUUUUGGAAUUUGACUCUCCGGUGUCCCAGACACUCCCCAUCAUCGAUGUAGCUGUGUCUGAUUUUGGGAAUGGGAACCAGAAAUUUGGUUUCCAAGUUGGCCCGGUUUGCUUCAAUGGUUAACAAUUGCGGGAAACCAAUAACGGUAUUAAUUUAAUACAAAAGAGCCAUGGACACUUUUUACAUGCAGGGAGAACGCAACUUUCAAGACCAAAUAUUUAAUUCGUACAAUAAACAAUGUUUCCUGGUUCAGACGACCACUCUUUUACUCACACAUUCAUUCUGUUUGUGUUUUACACAUUCACUCUUAAUGGAUGCUACAAUGACUCGACUCACUGUGGACUUAAAGCUGUGUUAUAGAGAGAAGGACACACCUUUGUUAACAUCUUCACUGCCACAUUUCUUUGCUUUUGUUUUUGAAGACUGUGUUCUGCUCACGAUCCAGUAUAAUCCAGUAAAUUGACUCAAACUAAUUCACAAAUAGGUUUUAUAAUAGUUUAUUGUGUAUAUUGUUGCAUAAAUCUGAUUGAGAAAUCACAAAGAAGAAGCUAACCUUUUACUAGACAUGCACAGAGAAAUAGUCUGCUUGCCUGAAUUCGCAGAGUUGUCAAAUUAGUCUUCAGUAGAGUGAGAGAGAGCCAGACUUUCAGCAAAUAACACAAUAGCUGAAUAUAUUCCAGCAAGCCUGCUCGGUUUUUUUCCUUUUGAGCUAUCCAAAGAACAAAUUCAACAGAAAAAAGAUACUUAAGUUUACAUUUAAAUCCUAUUUGCUUCUCCUCUCAAAGCUGCUAAAAUUACAUCUGCCCUAAAUUCUUAGUAAUGUAAAUCAUCAAUCGUUUGAUAUUUUAUUUCAAUAAUACAUAUCAACAACAACCGGUGUCUUUCAUAAAAUGUAUUUCAAUUCAACAAUACAUUUGUGCCUUUGAACAGUUUAAGACACUUUUUGUUGUCAUCAAACCUCGAUUUGUUGCUUUGUUUUGUUUGUUGUAAUUAUGUGGUUGUAAUUAUGAGUUAAUUAUAUUUCAAUAAUGAGCCACAACAUUAAAACCACUUUCAUGUGAAAUAUAAAAACAUUGAUUUGUGAUCUCUUCGCAAUGAUUCUCUUUGAUGUAAUAGUUAACAAUGUCAUAUCUGGUAUGUCCUUAUCAGGACAUUUUAAAUAACACGCUGGUCUAAACUCUGUCACUGUUGUUAGUAGACUGUUUGUGAUUUUAGGUCAACUGCAAUUACAGUGUUAGCCUUCAAGCCAUGCGGCUGUGUUUUGUGCAGCCACAGAUCCCUGUGUCAAAACUACAUUACAGGCUGGCAUGUUAUAUCAUAAAUCUUACAAGUAUAGGUUUAUAACAGUUUAUGUGUCUUUCACCCUUUGCAAUAAUGUUAACAGUGAAAGACUGUAUUGGGUGCUGCAGCCUUUGGUUUGUCUGUGUGAUGCCACCUUCUCUGUGCUCUGCUCACAUAUCCCUAGACAGCUGUCAGUUCGGGGGUAAGGAUAGUCAAUAAAUCUCAUGACUUCCAAAGACUUGGAUUAAGUUUUUAAAUGUUGCUAAGCAAGUUCAACACAAAAAGUCAAGUUACUCAAUCAAGGUAACAGUAUGGAAAAAAAAUGCUACAUAAACGUUGCACUUAAAGCUCUAGUUAUUCCAGACAGAACUUUAUACUCCACAAUGUCCUGAAAGUCAAAGGAGGCCCUGACAUCAAUCUGAAAAAACACAGCAAUUCAAAAUAUCACAGCAAAGUUAACACUAACACUAACACAGCAACACAGCAAAUUUCAGUAUCAAAAAUGACUUUACUCCUGAAUUACACCAACAGGAUAAAGUCUCCUAUGCAUAAGGGCUUGUGGCUAAACAUUGCGACUGGUUUCAAAUGGAGAGGAGGACAUAAAAGACAAAAUAAAACAAAGAAAAGUAGUCAGUCCCCCUUACAAGACACACUUCCAGGUCAUCUGGUCUACAAGCUGUGCAAAGCCUGACGGACAGACAAAGACAAACAAUUUAUUCGAAUUAACUCAAAAAGGACAGCAGGACACCGUGCAUUUGAAACUACAAAAACAUGAAAGUCAAACUAAUAACUUGACAUUCCAAGGCACAAUUCAUUUAAUAACCAUUAAUAUAAAAUGUAUUAAAAAAAACAACAAGUAUAGAUGGUGUAUCUAUACCUGACAUGCCGUCUGGUCCAUGUGCAGCUGAAUGAAAUGCAAGCACCUUAAAAUCUUGUGAGACCACAUUUCAAAUUCAUAAAUACAAAACAUUAAAAUGGGUUCAUGUAAUCAAUUUGAGAAACCACACAAUCAUGAUAAAUAUGAAAUUUAUUACCACACACUACAAAAGCACCAUCAUCAGAGAGCUCUGACAAACAUUUCUGAUCAUUCCACACGGACUCCUUUACUUCUCCUUUUUCAAUCAGAGGGGUGGAGCCCUCAUGUGCCCCUUUUUGCAUAAAGAAGAACAACUUUUCCUGUGAGGUUUUGUUCACACACAAUUAACUGCAACCACUUGACUAGCUGAAUUAUCAAUGAGUCCUAUCGAAACAGAAAGGAAGCAUGAAAAAUUUAGCCAUGCACGUCAGCAAAGAACUCUGCAUGAAAACAUUGUCAGCAGGAACAAGAUGUUGCGUUUCUUUAGGACUGUAACUGUAAGUGUUGAGUCAGAUAUAUCUGUAUAUCAAUUUAGCAGCUUCCUUAAGCUAGCUAACCUCAUGUUGCUGCAGCUUAUUAAGGGUGUCCUGCAGCAGCUAGGGACAAAAUGUCUGUCACCAUCAAAAGAACAUGUUCACAGUGUCCUGAACAUAUAUUUGAGAAUCACUAACGGCAAAUGUCUAAUCUUAAAUCACUCCGAUCGGUAUGAGGGCAUCCUUGUAAUGAUGCACCCUGCAACAUCUGAGAAACUCUGCAGAAAGAGUUGAGAGAACAUAAACAGAGGCCAAGGUGUCAUUUAAAUCAACAUUUGAUAGGGCAUCUGGUGUUCCAUAUGGGUCACCUGUUGCUUGCAUAAACGGAAGGAUCAGUUGUCAUCAACUCAGAGUCAGGGACAACACAAAUUUCCUACAGUGAUUCAGUGAAAAGUUGGAGCUGUCUUAGGGAAGAUACCAACUCAUCAUUACGGCAGUGGUUUUAAAGUUGUGGCUGAUUCAUGGAUUUCAAAGUGUAAUACAUCAUGGUGCUAUUAUGUAGGUCCUCAUGGAGUACAAUUCUUUGUAAAAGGGAUUUGGGGAAUAGAUUUAUAUAUAUAUAUAUAUAUAUAUAUAUAUAUAUGUUGUGAAACAUUGUUUGAUAUUUUGUCAAUAUAACAAAUCAAACUGUUGUAACAUCAUUUGCUCAAAGUUGUUCUUAGCAUAUUUGUUUGGAAAAGUGAUUAAUGUGUUUUAAUAAAAGCACAAAAUGUACAUGUAAAUUAUUAUGAUCAUGUUUUACUGAAUGCAACCAAUAAGAAAAGAGAACAUGAAAAGCAAUCUGUUGCUUUUUACCAUCCCUGACAAAAUGUUUUUAAAUAUGUGUCAUUCAUGUUCAUAUUUCAGGCCAGUUUGGAACUGUUUGUAAAACUAAAAUAUCUCUGACUUUAAUGUACAAACAAACAUAAGUUUGCUGUACACUCAUUAAGGUCAUGAAUGCCAAAUUCAUGUUUGGGUUGUAAUAAUGCAAACACUUUUGUCACAGUGGAAUGAUUAUGAAAAAAAAAAUUAGAUGAGACUAAACUUUUG